CGAAAUAAUUAGAAGUGAGCGCAGAGAAAUUAAUCAGUCUAUUCAUGUUUGAGACAACCGUAUUGGAUUCUGUUCUGGAGGCGCGCUAUAUAUGUGCUACGUUACACCUUCCGCAGUUGGAUGAUUCCUUCCUGACUUCAUUGCAAGAGAUGUCCACAAUCCCGAGAGAAAACAUAUGCUCGAACUGUUUGAAACAAGCUGAUGUGCAUCUUAUAUGUGUUGAAUGUGAUUGCGUACAGCUAUGUGUUGCUGUAAGUUUUGUAAACUCAUUGUUACUUGCAGUGCUACUGUUACGGUGCUGAGUCUGGAAUACACAAGAAAAAUCAUGGUUAUCGAGUUUCGAGACUAAAUUUGCUGCCACACUCUAUUCUCGAGGGUUGGAGUUCUGAGGAGGAAUUGAAUCUUCUUGAAGCAUUGGAGCAGUAUGGAAUUGGAAAUUGGGAGGAUAUAGCUUUAAAAGUGGGAACUAAAAGCUCUGAAGAAUGCAUGUAUCAUUACUGUAAUCGCUAUUUGGGUGGAGUAUUUGGCCUGGAGUUGUUGAAUGAUAAUAAAUAUCCUUCUCGAAUUACAGAUCACACAAACCACGUAGUGUUAUCUCCUAUGCACCCACCACACUCAUCAUAUGUUGAUAUUGAAGAUCAACAGCUAUUGGGUUACAUGCCAAACCGUGGUGACUUUGAACGAGAUUAUGACAACGAUGCUGAGAGCAUACUAUGUAGAUUACAUCCCAGUUUUUCUCAUGAUGACCUAGAGGACGGUAUGUGGUUUAAAAUAGUUUAUUUGUAGUAGCUAUGGAUCUUUGCAACUGCUCUAUUUCGUACCUGACUAGAAACCGUUUUACUCUCAUCUUACUAAUGACUAGUUGGUUGUAUCAAACUUUAAAAAUUAAGCAUGAAUAGACGUAAACUAUUUCCUAGACCUAAUCAGUUCGCAUCGACGAGUGAUGUUUAUUGGAAUAAUAUCAUAUUGAUAAAAGACAAGGGGCUCCCAAACCGAAACGUAACGUCGGUCCAUAGUCUGACCCGUUUUGGUAGAUACAGACUACCAUUUUAAGGUUUGCGCAACAACCGCAAUCAGUGACUGAAAACUUUGGGGACAUGACUCAAAAUGUCGUGAUGACUUAGAUGCAUACACUUACCUUUCUCUAAUCUUGAGCUCUCGUAUGUCUUCAUACGUACCCCCAAUUUUUUAAACCAUAUUCUCAAUACCUAUUCACAUUUGUCCUAGGUUCAACACUGAUCAUGACUGACUGAUAGACAUUUCGAUUCCAGUUGUUUGCGUCUUAUUUUAACCUAGUUGACAAAAUCUAAACUUCCUGUGAUAUAUAUAUAUAUAACCUAGUGUUUGGCUUUUUUUAUCUCAUCUAAAAACGUACCAGGGUAUUCAAGUGAAAUGUUACCGAAAACAAAUAAGAGUGAAAAAAUAAAGGAUCCGAAAACUAGAAAAGGGAAGGUAGUAUUUUCUCGAAGUACAAACCUAUGGGAAACACACAUAAUGGAUUAGGUCCUAGAUAAAGUAGAAGAUAUUUUGUUUACAAAUUACAGGCUACCUCUAAUAAAAUACCCUGACGUUUUGUUCGAGGGAUUUACAAACGAAGUUGUUUGCAGAAAGCAACCUUAAAAUCAAAAUAUUGGUUCAUCAGUUGAUCAUUGCCAGUUCAUUACCUGGGGAUCAAGCUCUUAAUCACUUCCACUCUUAUAGAUGUAUUUUAGAUUGCAUCUAGAAAGUGAUCGGUUACUCAUAUUAACAGAUAACCUAACUGACAUUCGUCUCUAUAAAAAAUAAAGGAUUGAAUUCGUACUUGAACACUUCUCUAUUGGACUGAUGUCAUAUGAAAAUAACAUCAUCCUUAUAAAAAUUGGCUAUUUAAUUUCUUCUUAAAAAUAUACAAGUUUUACGUUGUUUUUUUAUUUCACAACAUUAAUUAAUAGUGGCUAAGUCAUGAUCUUACUAGGAAGAGAAUAAAACAAUACAGGUAUAGCUUCUUGUGUAGAAAUACACCAUUGACUUAAAUUAUCACAGGGCGUAUAACAAUUAAAGUAGUACUGUCGUUUAUUUAUAUAAUAAUAUUUCAUGAAAAAGGACAUAAGUGAGAAAAGGUUAUAUUGAAAAUAUAAAACUUUAAUAACUUUUUAGUGUGUACAAAAGACUGAUAUACUCAGAAACUUAGUUUUCAAUCAAGUCUUAAAUAAAUCUGUAUUUUGGAAACUAAAAUGCAUCGUUUAAUUCAGAAAAGAUAAAUAUGCUGAUAACAAUAUUGAAGUCUUUCCUAAUAAAUUUUUUAUUUAUGAUGAAUAAAUAACUUAUUUCGCUGCAACCACUUCACCAUAUGAAUGUAUGACUAACUGCUCUCCACUAGACAUUGCAUGAGACAACAUAAAAUGUCAAUCACUGAGUCGUGUUAUGAUGUUGUGUAAAUGAAAUUCAUUUUGUGGUGGAUAUCAUCAGGUCUUAGGGAGUUAAAAUCCUUUGUAUAAAAGCUGACCAAAUUUUAAUAAUUAGUAGAUAAUGGCAUAAUGUUACAUUAUCUUAUACUCUCCUGAUAAAAACUGCUAUUUUAGUUGCCUAGUUAUAACUGAUUUACACUUCUGGGAUAAAAAGAAUCCUAUCCAGAAAUACUUUAAAGUAUAAAUUCAUUGAAUUGCAUAGUGGAAAUUCGUGGUUUGGAGAUUCGAUUUCUAACCGUUGGAUCGUGGGGUAAAUCUCAUCUCAUCUACUAUGAAUAGGUCCCCGCGUAGUGUAUGUCUGAAUCUGUACCACCUAACUAUCUGGACCGAAAUAGAUGAAACGGAGUUCUUACCUGUGAUUCAUUAGUGAAAACUACACCCUUAAUCAAUGAUCUCAUAACUCUAUCAUAAUAUUUAUAUUAUUUUACCUUUAUUUUGUAAGUUUUGCAUAUUUGGUUGAUUGAUUGUUAUGCAUAGCGGAUUAAGUAUGGGUCUUCACACUUGAUUUAGAACCAAACUGUUUUCUGUAAAGACCAAUUAUACAAAUCGACUACCCCAAACUAAAAAGGGUCUUGAGGUUCUAACAUAAUGAUUGAAAGUUGGAUGCUUCGAUUACUGAAUCAUUUCCUCACUUUCCCUAGUUAGCAUUGAUUUACUUUGACACCAAAUUAUAAAAAAUAACUAAGAUAUCGGGAUAUUUCACUUUAAUCGAAUCUGUCUUAUUUUAAAGCUUACAUAAUCGUCCUAAAUUUAUAUGAAACCGAGUCAUAUAUAUCUGGCGGUUGGUCGUCUAAAAGGAAUUAAACAACUGAUUACUCAUAGACGAUGGUCAGUUGUUCAGCAGUAAUAAUCUUUUUAAGAAAAUAUCUUUUUUUUCAAAGAAGGAUAAGUCACUGUAUCAUUGGAAUUAAUAUUGUUUAUUUUUAUUCAUUACUUUUGGUAUUGGUUUGUUGGUAUAUGUUUCGAUUCUUAGUUAUUACUGUAUUAGCCAUUUCUCGAAAUAUCAGAUACUUACUUUGGUAUUCACUAAAAUAUUUGUAAUUGUCCAAUAUUUUUUUAGCUUUAAAAGUAGCACAAGUCAAUAUUUACAUGCAAAGGUUGCGUGAGCGUCAAAGGCGCAAAGAAAUUGCUUGUGAGCAUGCUUUGAUUCCUCAUAUUCUAGCAUUUAUUCUGAACAAACGUGUAAAAAAACGUAUCCCUGUAGUAGAAAAACACAUUAGAAAAGAAUAUAAACCUGCCAGAGGUAAACAUCGUGGACGUCCGCCAUCAUUGACAAAUAUAUCACACAACAAAUUAAAUAGUAAAAUAACACCCAUGAAAAAACUAUCCAACAUUAAUGAAUCUUUGAGUAAAAGUUCAUCUAAAAAGCCUUCUCCAAGUAGUUGGCUUGCUGCUCCAUUUAUUGUUCAGUCAUCUGAAUUGAUAAAAGGUGCACCAAUUGUAGUCAAUAUCUCAUCGAAUGUUGUAAAUAAUCAAGUGCUAACCGAUUCCAAAAGUAUAAAUCCAACUAAUAUCUACAAAGUUGAACCAACAAACUCAUUGGAAGAUUUCAAUGGAUUUUAUUUAAAUGAAAAAUUAAAACCAUUUCUAAGAUAUUUCACUGGUAUACAAGGGAAACAUUUUAUGGAGAAUUUGUAUAAAGAAGAAUUAAUUAAACAUGAAAUUAAAUAUUUACUUGAUUUACGAGCUAAAGGAAAAACACAAUUAAUGGAUAUGGAGUAUGCUGCUUAUCGAUAGUAUUGAAUGCAUUGAUAUUUUUUCGAAAGAAAGUCACAUGCAGUCUAAAUGAUUAUAUUUUUUGCUCCUAUGGGAUGUUGGUUCAGUGAAGCCUGUAGAUAGCCGCCAUCCCGUCAUUUCUUUGUAUUCGUUUUUGCAGUUCUGAGCAUAUAUAAAAUUGAAUAUGAUAUGUUUUAUCUGGAGCAAUACUGCUUCUGUUACUAUAAAUAUGAUGCUCUUAACUUUUUAUUAACUUUGCUUACCUUUGCAUGUGGUUCAUUUAUAGUUUAUCCACAUCGGUGGUUGUAUAAUGUUAGCUAUAUUUUCGUUUUUUGAAGAACUUCUAAUACUAACAUGAACUCAUUUAAUACUCUUCUUAUUUAGUUUUCAAAAGACUUACUAUUCUGUGAUAGAUCUUUAUAAAUCCUAAUCUGUAUUAAAAAUUUUGGAGUAUUUGAACUUAUUACCUUAUUUGAAAUAUACUCACUUGGCUGGUUAAAAGUGACUGUAAAUAUGACAUGUACUUUUUAAUAUUGAGAUGCGGCUUAACUUCAUAACACUAGGAAAAAAUUAUGCUUUGUAAUUAUCUUUAAUAAUGAGCCGUCGGAAAUAAUUGGAUAGUUCAUCUAUCUGGUUGAUUAUGUAAGUUAGUUAGUUGAAUUCACAAUUCCUCAAUAUGAUCAAUUUUAUUCUAUCUAUCUAAAAUUUUGUUUAUUGAUACCGUAGAUGAUAGACAAUUUUCUCACUGACCACUUAUGUCUGUAAUACCCAUUAUAAUAAAGUCCAAUGCAUUCCGACAUAAUCGAGAUCGUAACCUAAUAAUUAUAUAUCCAUUUUUGAUGUUUCGAACACGUUUCACGUAUAGUAUCUUAGAAGCUUUCAAAUUAAACAUGACUUCCUUGAUAUUGAGAAUACAUGGAAUACACUUUAAAGAUAAUUCAUUUAUGGAAUAAUACUAUGAAUCGAAUGAUAUUUAUAUUGAAUUUAACACAGAAUCAAAUAUGGUUGAAACGAUUCAUCAUUGAUAAUUUUACUAUAGUUUUCUAUAAUGGUUACUCUAUAGAUGAAAUGAAAUCAAUAAAAGCUGAAUAAACGUGACCAAUUAUUUUUGUUUAUUUAUACAAAUAGUAAUUAAUUAAUUAAUUAUUAAAUAAAGUCAAUGUACAAAUAGUUACCUACAUUGUAUUAAUUCAUAAAAUAAAAUUCAUAGUUUUAAUCACAAGUUAUACAUUUUUUUGUGUUAUUAUAUUUAUUAGGUAAUUAAUUAAUGCUAAUUCAUCUCUCUGCUUUUUUAUGCAAUAUUAUAAACUAUAUUAUUUUUUAUACAAGUGUAGUAUGCCUGAACACCGAUUACCACGAUGCGCAAUGCUAACUAGUGUUGGAGAUGGUUGGAAGAAAGUUAGGGGUGGCCAAACAAAAACUUAGCAUCAGUGCUUGAAGUCACUAACCUCUGGUCUGAGAUUACUUGGUUGGGGUCCGCGUGACUAUCGUAACCAAUGGUUGGAAACUCUUGGUGAUAUGGCCCAGAAUCUAUCACUCUUUGUCUUCCUUUAAACUACGAAAUUAAAAUCUCUUCAUAUCUUUCUUUCUACGAACUAAUUCUUUCUUCCUGUACUAUGUCCUUAUAUGCAAUCUUUAUUUAAUAUAUUACCACCACUGAAUUAACUACUUCUGUGAAUUCGGUGUUCAUCUUAUUGUGCUAAUUAGGUAUGACAACUUGUACCGAUGCACAUAUGUGCCUGGUUCUACGUUGUAGCUGACUGACUGAGUAGUGACUUAGUGGUUAAUUUGUUCGAUAUUCAGACUCUAGAUCUUAGGUUCGAACCUCGUCUCAUCUACUUUAAUUUGAACAGCUAGUUAGUGCUUUCUCUAACACUCAUACUUGCUGUGUGAAUCGAAGCCAAAUACACGAAUUAUUACCCAGUAAUAGUUUAAAAGUGGUGAUAAUUAAAGUCUUGUACUUUUAGUAAACACAUCAUUAAUUUGAUUAGUUAGUCAGUUUUAUCACUUUUCUUUUAACUUUGUUUUAAAUAUAAAAUAACGUAUAAAGGUAUAAAAAUCAAAUUCCCACCAUUGAAAAGUUCCAUAUAUCAUCAACAUCAUAUACAACGACAACAAAAUAUCUCUGGUCAAAGUACCGAGCAACAAACACGUCAGUUACAUCACAACGUGAAGAAGAGACGUAAACAUCUAAAUACACCUUGGUAUAUGAAAAUGCAGCGUAAAGUUAAACAAUGUAAAUAAACGUUUUAUAAAAUGAAGAUGAUAAUCAUUCUCUCUCUCAUACAACUUUUUGUUUUGAUUUUAUUGAGUAAUUAUAACUAACUUUAUGUAUAUUUAUUAUGUAGAACCCAGAAGAGAUUCAAUAUUCAAUUUUUAUCUCAAUUCUAUGUCUAGUUGUAUACAAGAUUCAAUUUAUCUUUCUUCUUGCAUUUACUACUACAAUAUUAUAAUUCUGGUUAUCAUUAUUUUCUAUUUUGGGUUAUUUAAAGGCUAAAAACGAAGAACAAUGUAUUUUAUUCUUAUUGUACUGUUAUUAUUACUAUUAUUCCUAUCAAACUAUGUAUCUUUUGCAAUAAAAUUUACUUACCAAACUGCUUUUCUUUUAUUCAAUCUUAGGCAAACUAAACUGAUAAAUAAUCAUUUAUUAAUUUAUAUCAGAAGGGGUUUUGUGGAGAUUGUAGUAAUUUCAAUAGUUGAGAUCGUGAGUUAAUUGAAGCUAGACCACUAUGGAAAACCUGGAAGCACUGGAUGGCCGUUUCGUCCUAUUUUGGGACUCCUCGAAGCAGGAUAUUUACAAAAAAUACGCUAAGCCAUUCGAAUAUUGGAUAUGAAAGCCAAAAGUAUUGUGUAGAGGAUAAGUCAAUCAGAAUCGAAAACGUGACUUUUAGGCCUUUGGUCGAAAUUCAAAUGUUAUGUAUAUCUUUGUAUGCUUCUCAAAACAUUUAAAAUGAUUAUGAGAAACUCAUUUUGCCACCAUAGGCCAAAACUGUUAAUGUUAGACGUAUUAAGCAGAUUUUGUUUAACAGGCAGCUUGACACUAUGCGUGGAUCUUAACUCCAGACACUGAGACAAAUAUUAACCUGGUGGCACUAUAC